AUGCUCUUAGAUGAGAGCACAGACAUUAGAGAAACAAAUAUAAAGGCUCAGAUAUCCUUAGAUAACACAGAAGAGCAGCGUAGACAUGUCUCUACUCCGGACCACGAGCCACCCCUAUCAGUGGGAGAAACAAAUCCUUCCCCAAAGCGGUCCCCGUGUUGCAGAACACUUCAUUCUUUGACACAGCAAGCCGAGAGGAGCAUAGAGCAGUGUCAUAGCAAACCCUUGCAGUCCAAUCCUCAGCCAGUUCUUACACCUUUCCUAGAUACAGGGACUAUCAGUAACUGCACUACGACCGCCACAAGCGAGUGCCUCCUCAGAGACCCAGAGUCUCUCCUGCUUAGCAUUAUCAACAUGGCAACCUCGUCUCCCCCUCAGACCUCAGCACAAAAGCCUCCUCCAUUGAUUCAAUCAUCUAUGGAUUCUUGUCAAGUGCUGGAGUCUCUUCCUCAUCUGUCAUCACUGCAAAUGUCUCCAAUUCCGGAACGGAAAGAGCAUAUUCUACGCCCAGCAACGGCCUUAGAUCCUCCAUGCAAUGCAGAUACGCUAUUUACAAGAGAGAAGUGUAACUUUUCUAACGCUCUAGUUAAACUUUCUCGGUGUUUAAGCGCUAAGGUGGUGCUGAAACACCCUGACAGCAUUUUCGAUUCUGAACUGGAGAGCAGCUGCAUCACCCCGCGCUUUCUUCAUGUGAUACCCUUGAGAGACUCACCCAUCGUAGCUCCGCAAGCCCAUUUGAGCGAGGACAGUCAAGCCACUAAGCAAAUCACAUCUAUGUGCUCACCGCAUCUCCACUACCUUACGCACGCAGAGUCGUCUGUUAUCUCCACCGCUGAUUCGUUAGAUGCGUCAUCCUCACACACUACAGUAACACCCACUGCACCACUCUCUGCUCGCCUCCCACCUCUCUCAACAUUAAAUGCCACCAAACAACAAGCUGGUGAACUGGAAAUACCACCAAAUCGUAGCACUGCCCUGAGUAGCGGUGAUAUAAAAGCUUGCACUGAGAGAAGACAGGCACAAUUAGCAAGACCAGUACCUUUGUUGGCGCUACCCCGAGGCUUUAGCGAUACAAAGAACAAUAUAGACACCACCACACUUUCUAAUAUGCAAAUAGUUCCCAUCAAUUACGUAGAUGGCAACGAGUCAGACUUAAAAUACGAUCCUGGGCUAUCUUCAAGACUGAAGCGAGACAGUGAUGGGUCCACCGGGACAUCCGCCAGACGUCCUCUGUCUCUAGAGACACAGUACAACAUCACUCAUCUCAAACUGCCAACUAACGCAAUUGAGCCAGGAAAGUCUUCCGUCCGAAGCACAACGGAUAACAUCCACAUGGAUUUUGCCUUACCAGAGUGUUCUUCUGCACGAUGCGAUCCGUCAACGCGCCAACUGGAAUACUCCGUGCAGAACUUUGAGCCAGAGCAGCUUUGUAUACUCAACUCGCGCAUUGAGACCCAAGAACCUGCACUAGAGUCUAGUGCACUCCAACCUCUUAUAGCCGUAGCAACGCGUAAUAGUAUUCAUGAAACUAGCACAGUUUCAUUGCUUCACCUCACAGAUAUCACUGUAGAAUCCGGAGUAAAAGCUAGGCCCGGCAAAAACGGUGUAGAGGAGAAUACUACUAGACGACGCUGCAGAUCGACUCCUUCAUCUAGAUCCUGCAUUCGCCCCAUGCCCUGCCACGACCCAAUUUUUGACGUAGCAAGCUUCAAACUCCUAUCUGAGUCCGAAGAGGAUUCUAUCAAAUUGGCUAAAUUAGAGUGCCACUCACUUAAGAAAGUGCACACGUCGCUAUUGACCCACGACUCUUCAACAGGAUGCGGGCCCAGUGGAAUGAGCAGGUCAUUGAACUCCACUAUGAGACCUGUGCAAGAACGGCCGAGGAAGUACUUGAUUACUUCUGGGCGAAUAUCCAUAACCCCUGCAAGAAAGAACUUGCGUGUCAGCCUUAUACAGUUGGAGCAGCUCUUCGAGGAAACCCUAACCGUAAGUAAGAAUGAAGAGGGUAAGCGGUGCUGCUCAUCUGGAUCUACGCGGACAAUUAACGCGACCACUAACUAUAACCAUCCAUCGCUAGUGCAUGACAUGCAUCCAACUAUAAGCAGCGCUUGCCCUGCGACACUUACACCUAUAACCGCCUCCUCUCGUGGCCAAUCUAGAUCAUCAGAGAGGGUUGGGAGCAAUUUUAUUAGACAGAGCAACCGAGCUAUGGGAUCUAGAGACUCAAUCCAUCACACCACAAAAGCUACACUCCAUCAACGGAAAGCCAUGAGUACUCCGAGACCUCGCCUUCAACCAAGACCGACAACUCCAAAAGAAUCCUUUGUAUCACCUACUGUAAAGCAUGGUGAUAGCGCAGAGCCGAAUGCUCGGGUCAUAUCGCACCAAGAACGCCUUCAAACAAGUAGCAAGCAUAAGUGGGGCAGUGAGGACUACAGAGAGGAUAUUCGCCAGGCUAUGAUGCGACUAUGCCUUUCAAGUACUAAUGUAGAUAAAUACCGGACAGUGUCUGUUCAGCAGCGCCUCAAGGGGUUGCACCCAUUAGUCCGUGGGUCAAAGGUUAUCGGUGACGACUAG